AGCUUUGAACAUUAUCAGUCUUUGCCUACAUAAGUGGAAAUAUUCAAACACGGCAGCCUGUCUUUUAUUCUAAAACAUAAUCCACUUUCAAUGCUGAUUAACACGGGCCAUUGACCAUUUAAAAAAAAAAAGUAGUCUAAUAUCAGAAAUUAAUCAGGAAAACUUGAACAUCAAGACUUCAUUGUGCCAGUAGUGAUUUUGGUUUAGAACUUUGUUUUUUGUGUUGUUCACUUCAUUCCAUGAAGUAAGAUGGACUCUGGUUGAAACCCAGCAGAAAAUUUUCUUCCCCAUUUCAUAGUGAUCCAAAAAGAGGUGUAUAUGCUUUUGAAAUUCUGGUUGUAUAUAUGAUGGAACAAAAAUUACAAGUCUUCCUGCUCCUUGUAAUAUCCCAAACAUGGGUCGUUGUUUAUUCAAACAAUCAAGACUUUCUUGGUUUAAAGUCUCUUGAAUGGAAGAACACGCCUCCUAAUUGGGGGAGGAAAGAUCCUUGUGAAGCUAAGUGGGAUGGCAUUGACUGCAUCGACACUCGUGUUACUUCAGUAACAUUAUCAAGCAUGGGGUUGGAAGGUCAGCUUUCAGGAGAUAUCGAACAGUUAACUGAACUACAGACUUUGGAUUUGUCUUAUAAUAAGAAACUGACAGGACCACUCCCACAAUCAAUAGGGAAUCUGCAGAAACUUACUAACUUAAUCUUGGUUGGUUGCGCCUUCUCCGGUCAAAUUCCUGGCACAAUAGGAUCUCUAAAGGAUCUGGUCUUUCUAUCUCUGAACUCUAAUCGCUUCACUGGUCUUAUUCCACCAUCCAUUGGAAGUUUAUCCAAACUUUAUUGGCUAGAUCUAGCAGACAACCAAAUAGAGGGGACUAUCCCGGUGUCUCGUGGGAACACACCUGGUCUUGACAUGUUACUUCACUGCAAGCACUUCCAUUUUGGAAAGAACAAGCUCACAGGCUCAAUUCCAGAAAAGCUUUUCAACUCAAAUAUGACUUUGAUACAUGUGCUUUUCGAUAGUAACCAAUUGACUGGGAAUAUUCCUUCAUCCCUUGGACUUGUUAAGAGUUUAGAGGUGGUGCGCCUUGAUGGGAAUGAAUUAAAUGACACUGUACCUGCAAAACUCAAGGAUCUUACAAAUGUUACUGAGCUGAUCUUGUCUGAUAACAAGCUGAGUGGUGUUAUUCCUAACCUUACUAGCAUGAGUGGCCUGCAUUAUCUAGAUUUGAGCAACAACACUUUUGACAAGUCUGAUUUUCCGUCAUGGAUUUCAACGAUUGAGUCUUUGACAACAUUAAUAAUGGAGGACACAAAACUUCAAGGACCAAUCCCAGUUGACCUAUUCAGUCUUCCAAAUCUAGAGACUGUGAUACUAAGGAAGAACAAACUCAAUGGUACAUUGGAUAUUGGUACAUCCCAUGGCUCACACCUGAACCUCAUUGAUUUGAAGAACAAUGAAAUUACUGAGUUUCGCAAUAGUGAUGAAGUGAAUGGCAUUGAUAUAAUACUUGUGGAUAACCUGAUUUGUCAGGAAACAACAGAAAGCAAAGCAAAUUACUGUAAUACUUCUGUAGUUUCUCAGUUAACUAAUUCUUCAUAUGUUACACCUAAAAAGGGCUGUGUUCCUAGUCCUUGCAGUUCAGAUAUGAUUUCCAGCCCCAACUGCCAAUGUGCUUAUCCAUACACAGGAUCAUUAAACUUCCGAGCUCCUUCUUUCUCAGACUUGGAGAACACAACUUACUACCAAAUACUUGAGAAUUCUCUCAUGACCUUCUUUCAGAAGUUUGAAGUUCGUGUUGAUUCUAUUGCUUUGAGUAAUCCCAACAAGGAUGUCUCUGAAUAUCUUAAUAUAAAGCUAGAAGUAUUCCCAUCUGGCCGUGAUAGUUUCGAUCGACAAGAAAUUUCAGAUAUAGGUUUUGCACUUAGCAACCAAACCUACAAGACCCCAAAAACUUUUGGUCCCUUCUUUUUUAUUGCUGACCAGUAUGAAAGCUAUGCAGACUCUAUAGAAGUUCCUUCAGACAAAAGCAAGUCAUCCAAGACGAGUACUGGCAUCAUCAUUGGAGCAGCAGUUGGUGGUUUGGCUGCUGUGCUGUUAUUACUUCUUGCAGGGCUGUAUGCUUUCCACCAGAAGAAGAGAGCAGAAAGAGCCACUGAGCUGAGCCACCCUUUUGGGAGUUGGGAUCCAAAUUCGAGUAGUGGAGCAGUUCCACAGUUAAAGGGAGCAAGGUGGUUCUCUUUUGAAGAGCUCAAGAAAUACACCAACAAUUUUUCAGCUGCAAAUGAUGUUGGAUCUGGGGGUUAUGGGAAGGUUUACCGUGGAACUCUUCCCACUGGAGAAUUGGUUGCUGUCAAAAGAUCUCUAAAAGAGUCAAUGCAGGGUGGAGUUGAGUUCAAAACUGAGAUCGAACUUCUUUCAAGGGUUCAUCACAAGAAUCUUGUCACCCUUGUUGGAUUUUGUUUUGAGCAAGGUGAACAAAUAUUGAUCUACGAAUAUAUACCAAAUGGUUCUUUGAAGGAUAGUCUUUCAGGUAAGUCUGGAAUUAGAUUGGACUGGAUGAAAAGACUCCGAGUAGCUCUUGGUACUGCAAGAGGCCUUUCCUAUCUUCAUGAACUUGCCAAUCCUACAAUAAUACACAGAGAUAUUAAAUCAACCAAUGUCCUUUUGGACGAUCGCUUAAAUGCAAAAGUUGCUGAUUUUGGUCUCUCCAAGCUUAUGAUGAGGGAUAGUGAUAAGGAUCAUGUCACUACUCAAGUUAAAGGCACAAUGGGUUACUUGGAUCCAGAAUAUUACAUGACACAACAGCUGACAGAGAAGAGUGAUGUUUAUAGUUUUGGAGUACUGAUGUUGGAACUCAUAACUGCGAAAAAACCUAUAGAGCGAGGGAAAUACGUCGUUAGAGAAAUUCGAUUAGCUAUGGAUAAAACUAAAGAUCUAUACAACCUUCACUCAUUUAUUGACUCUAAUAUAGGUUCAGGAACAAGAUUGGUUGGCUUUGAAAAGUUUGUGGAUAUGGCAAUGGAGUGUGUUGGAGAUUCUGGAGUAGACAGGCCUACAAUGAGUGAGGUGGUGAAAGAAAUUGAAGCCAUCAUGAAGCUUGCUGGUUUGAAUCCAAAUGCUGAUUCAGAACCCACAUCUACAAGUUAUGAGUAUUCAAGUAAGAUGAGCUCUUCCAAUCCUUAUGGUGAAGAAGCGUUUGAUCAUAGCGGAACCUUCCCGCCAUCAAAGAUAGAGCCUCAGUAGCAUUGUUUCUUAAUUGAAAACACAAAAUAUCUAAGUUUGUUGAAAAUGGCAGCCUCUUUUUGUGUAUUUGUAUAUGUGAAGAUAAACUUUGUGUUGAAUUUCAUAUAGUUCUUGUUAGAAUUAAUUUAUCAAUGUAAAUUGCAGAAUUUUUAACAAGGAAUAUCGCUAAAUAAAAUGAAGUUCAACAAA